AUGUUGUCCCUCCUCGCUACCGCGUACUUGUUGGCUGCUGCAAGCGCCCAGCAAGUCGGCACCCAACAGACGGAAACUCACCCCAAAUUCACCUGGAGCAAGUGUACCAGCGGUGGCAGCUGCACUAAGACUAAUGCAGAGGUUGUCAUCGACUCUAACUGGCGCUGGCUUCACGGAACCAGCGACACCAAGAACUGCUAUGACGGAAAUGAGUGGACCUCCGUCUGUAGCACUGCUACCGACUGUGCCAGCAAGUGCGCGCUCGAGGGAGCUGAUUACUCCAAGACGUACGGAGCUUCAACCAGUGGCGACGCUUUGACUCUGAAGUUUGUUACGAAGCAUGAGUAUGGCACUAAUAUCGGCUCCCGGUUCUACUUGAUGAACGGUGCUUCCAAGUACCAAAUGUUUACACUCAUGAACAAUGAGUUUGCGUUCGAUGUCGACUUGUCUACUGUUGACUGCGGAUUGAAUGCAGCAUUGUAUUUUGUCGCUAUGGAAGAGGAUGGCGGCAUGAAGAGCUACUCGACCAACAAAGCCGGUGCGAAAUACGGCACGGGAUACUGCGAUGCCCAAUGCGCAAGAGAUCUCAAAUUUGUUGGUGGCAAGGCUAAUAUCGAGGGCUGGAAGCCAUCUUCUAACGACAAGAAUGCCGGUGUCGGACCAAUGGGCGCCUGCUGUGCCGAGAUUGAUGUUUGGGAGUCUAACUCUCACUCAUUCGCCCUGACUCCUCACCCUUGCACUGAUAACAACUACCACGUCUGCACAGAGUCGAAUUGCGGUGGUACAUACUCCGAAGACCGAUUUGCAGGCAAGUGCGAUGCCAACGGAUGCGACUACAACCCCUACCGUAUGGGUAACCAGGACUUCUAUGGCAAGGGCAAGACUCUGGACAGCAGCAAGAAAUUCACGCUUUGGAGUGUUGUGACACAAUUCCAGGAGAGCAAGGUGACACAAUUCUUCGUACAGAACGGAAAGAAGAUCGAGAUUCCGCCACCUAGUGAUAGCAGCAUCUCUUCAAGCAGUGCUAUUACUCCGGACUUCUGCACAAACCAGUUCAAAGCAUUCGGAGAUAGAGACCGCUUCUCUGAGGUUGGCGGGUUCCCGCAGCUCAACAAAGCAUUACAGGUGCCUAUGGUGCUUGUGAUGUCCAUCUGGGAUGACCACUAUGCGAACAUGCUCUGGCUUGACUCUACCUACCCUCCUGAGAAGGCAGGCUCACCUGGAGCUGCCCGUGGUGACUGUGCCCAGGACUCAGGUGUGCCGUCUGAUGUUGAGUCCAAGAUUCCCGACGCCAAGGUGGUUUGGUCGAAUAUCCGCUUUGGGCCCGUUGGCUCCACGGUCAAGGUUUAA